AUGAUUUUGGUGAUGAAUUUCAUUAUCAAGAAGAGCAAGAAGAUAAGGGUCGAAGAGGGUCGGCCUAGAAUUAAGUGGGGUGUCUUGACACCAGAUAGUGCGCUGGAGAUAGAUGAGAAAGUAGCGGGAUUGAGGGUGUGGGAGUAUAGGGGGAACGUGAAUGUUAUGUGGGAUAGGGCUGCCAGUUGCAUCACGGAGACUACUAGAGAAGUAUUGGGUGUUGCGAGGGGUCGAGCAAGACGGUAUAAAGGGAAGUGGUGGUGGAAUGAAGAAUUUAAGAAGAAAGUGGAGAUGAAGAAAGGGGGCGUUCAGAGGAGAAAGGCGGGGAAACGAGGUUGUAUAGGCUUGAUAAGGCUAGAGAGCGAAAGGGUCGGGAUCUCGACCAAGCUUUUAAAUGAGGAGGAGGACAGAGGCAUUGAGUUAGGGGAGCUAGAGCACUUGGAUGAGAGACGUGAUUUCAGUUAUUGUAGACGCUUUAAGAUUGAGGAGGUCAAAAAGGCUAUUCGUAGGAUACGGAGGGGAAGGGUGGUGGGGCCUGAUGAGAUUCCGAUGGAUUUUUGGAAAUGUAUAGGUGGGGCAGGUUUAAGGUGGUUGACUGAUUUGUUUAACGACAUUUUUAAGACGACAAGAAUGCAGGGGGCUUGA